UUCAUACUUCUUAAAGGGACAGGGUGCUAAAUCGAGUCGUGAUCUUCAAACGAGCAAGAUCGCUUUGCUAUUUUACAUAAGCAGUUUUUAUGUACCUUUUCUAAAAAUGUCUCGAGUUCUAAUAGUUGGUGCUGGACUUACAGGCAGUUUAUGUGCCUGUCUGCUGCGGAGGGAGCUGCCCAACAAAGUAAAUAUAGUCGUGUGGGACAAAUGUCGGGGUGCAGGCAUGAUGUUAAAGGAAGAAGAAAUUGUGAACUAUGUGACACCCCAUGGAGUCUCCUCCAUCGUCAAACACUAUCUCAAAGAGUCAGCAGGAGCAGAGGUGCUCUACGACCGACACGUCACUCACAUUCACCGGAAAGACACUGGCUGGGAAGUGUGUCGCAAAGGGGGAACGCCAGAGCGGUUUGACAUAGUGGUUUUAACCAUGCCAGUACCCCAGAUACUUCAGCUGCAAGGAGAUGUGGAAUCUUGGAUGGGGGAGAAUCAGAGGAGGAUGCUGGAGGCUGUCAGCUACUCUUCCCGCUAUGCACUUGGACUCUUCUACAAAGCCGUCACACGAAUCGAUGUCCCUUGGGCAGUCAAGUACGUCUCCAAUAAUCCCUGCAUUCGCUUCAUCGCCAUAGAUGAUAAAAAGCGCAAUUUAGCUUCGAAGAACUGCGGACCUUCUGUGGUGGUGCAUACUAGUGUGCCCUUUGGCAUCCAGCACCUGGAGGAGGAGAAGGAUGCGGUACAGCCCAUCAUCCUGGAAGAGCUGAAAAAAGUGAUGCCAGAUCUACCUCCACCUGACAGCAUCAAGUGUCAGAAGGGGAGAUACUCCCAGGUGACAAGAUCGGUGGCUGAUUGCCCAGGGCAGAUGACACUGCACUCCCAGCCUCUGCUGGUGUGUGGGGGGGACGGCUUCACACACUCCAAUUUCGACGGCUGCAUCGAGUCUGCCCUGAAGGUCUUUGAGGUUCUGAAGUCUUCUCUCUGAAAGGGGGUUGGGAAAGUAUGCCUUUAUUUGGGGUUUUUGUUAUGGAGGAUGGCACAUUGAUUUAGAUUUAAGCCCCUCCCUGCAGGAAGAUGGAUGUACUUCACAAAGCACAGUAGAACUGUCUCGCCUGUGUCUGCAGACAUACAUUUUGUUACAAAAACCAAUUAUACUGUCUGUGCCGGAUGCUGAGGAUUAGAGGACAACAGAGCACUGUGCAAGUUCAGUUGUGACUGAGGCAGACGCCUCAUACUGGCUUUGAUACAAUGUCUUGAACUACGGUUUUCUGAUGUGUAGCAAAUAAUAUGAAUGCGUUCAGUACUGUCAGCCUUCUCCUGUGAUAGUCUCAGAUUAAUAAAGUAAUUAAA